AUGGGACGAACGAUUGUGUUGGCGGAGCUCGAGCAGCACAGCAAGGAGGACGAUGUGUGGAUUGUUGUCGAUGGCGAGGUCUAUGACAUGACAGCCUUUGCACCAACGCAUCCAGGUGGCGCUGAAACUAAUUUGCCACCUCCGUUCCCACAAGUCAUCUACCAAUAUGCAGGCAAAGAUGCGUCAGCAGCGUACAACGAAGUCCACUCACCGUCUUUGAUACGAAAGCACUUGGGGCAGACUGGUCUUGUCGGAAGCUUUGAUGCAUCUACGAUGCCUCCUGCGCCGCAAGCCAGCGUGGCAAAUCCCAUUGUCGCAGAAACAUCCCGGGCAGCGGGGCCAGCAAAGCCUGAUCUUGAUGAUAUAAUCAACCUCGACGAUUUCGAGAAGGCAGCUGAGCAAACGCUUUCAAAGAAAGCUUGGGCAUACAUACAUGGGGCAUCAAACGACAACAUCACCCGUGAUGCUAACCAGCACAUGUAUAAGCGUAUCUGGCUUCGGCCUGCCGUGAUGCGUGACAUCAGCGUUGUCGACACCUCUUGUGAGCUUUUCGGCUGCCGUCUCAGUAUGCCAGUUUACAUCUCUCCUACUGGCGCAGUCAGGAUGGCUGGUCCGGAAGGCGAGGUUGGCCAGGCAAAAGCCGCUGCAACAGCGGGGAUAAUACAGUGCAUGUCAACGCCUGCAUCAUAUCCACACGAUGAGAUCCUGGCCGCCACCAAAGACCAGGCCUUCUUCCAACUCUACGUCAAUAAGAACCGGGCGGAGUCAGAAAAGCUCAUACGGCAAGUCACAUCGUCAGGGCUUGUUAAAGCCAUCUUUGUCACCGUCGACUGCCCCGUUAUCUCGAAGAGAGAGGAUGAUGAGAGGGUCAAGGCUGACGAGAAGACGGGCACAACACUGACACCGGCCUCACGGGUCUCGGCUGGGAAGAAGGACAAGAAAGGGUCAGGUUUGACCCGUCAAAACUCGAACUUUAUCGACUCAACGUUGAAUUGGAACGACAUCGCUUGGCUAAGAAGCAUCACCAACCUCCCCAUUGUGGUCAAAGGCAUCCAGAGAUGGGAGGAUGCUGUAAUGGCCAUGAAAUGGAAGUGUGACGGGAUCGUCAUAAGCAACCAUGGUGGUCGAGCUGCGGACACAUCUCCUCCGUCUAUCCUCGUCUUGAUGGAAAUUCAGAAACACUGUCCCCAGGUUUUUCGCUCCAUGAAGGUUCUCACAGACGGUGGGAUUCGGAGAGGAUCCGAUGUUGUCAAGGCACUUUGCCUUGGAGCAUCGGCCGUCGGUAUUGGCCGUCCUUUCAUGUACGCUGUCGGUUACGGUCAAGAGGGCGUUGAGCACUUAGCGUCAAUUCUUCAAGAGGAGAUCAAAGUGGCCAUGCAGUUGUGCGGGAUAACGAACCUGGCUCGAGAAGCCAGUCCUAGCUAUGUCAACACCGCCGACCUCGACCAUUUGGUAUAUAGCAGACAUAGCUCCACUCUCCCCUUGAUGGACAAGAUCAAGGGCAGGCUAUAG